AUGGGGGGCUGCAUCGCCUCCAAGGAGUCGGCCUCUGCCGGCACAGCGGACGCCGCCAAAGACGCAGGGGGCGCCUCCAAGGGCCGGGGCGGCAAGGAGCGCCGUGCGGAGGCGCAGGUGCCAGCGAAUGGCGUGAGGCCCGUCGGUGCCCAGGGCUUGAGCAGCGCGAGCCCGGGGGGUGCGCCGCCUGCGAUGGGCGGAGAGGUGCUGCCUGCGGCGCGGCGGGCCCCGGAGCUGCCCGAGCUGGGGCGGGCCAGAGACCUCUUCUCGGCGGUGUACCUCCGCCUCGCGCUGCAGUACCACCCGGACAAGAGGCCGGCCUCCGACCGCGAGCGGGCCACGCGGCUCUUCCAGGCGAUCGCCGCGGCCUACGAGGAGCUCCUGCAGACCAGGGAGAGUGGCGGGUCCGCCGCCAACCAGCGCGUGAAGAGCCCGGUGGCAGCCGCGGCGGAGCUGGGCGACCUGGAGGAGCUGACGAGACUCCUCAAGGAGCGCCCAGACCGCGCCAACGAGGCAGACGACCUCGGCGUCUACCCCCUGAUGUUUGCUGCCGCGGGUGGCUGCGUGGAGGCCGCGGAGCUCCUGCUGGAGUUCGGAGCCGACGUGCACGCGAAGAAUCCGAUCAAGUGGUCUGUGCUGCUCUAUGCGGCCCUCGGCAACCACGCCGAGAUGGUGCGGUUCCUUGUCGGGUGCGGGGCGACCGUGACGGACCACGAGCUCAUACUGGCAGCCUACACCGGCAACCCCGGCAGCCUCCAGGCGCUGCUGGAGCUGUACGAGGGCAGCGCGGCGGAGGUGCGCACGGACGAGAGCAGGAAGACCCUGCUGCACCUGGCCUGCGAGGGGCUCUGCUUCCUGCGGCACUCCGCCGAGCGGCACGCGGCGUGCGUGGACCUGGCGCUGCGGUGGCGCGUGCCCGUGGACGCGGCGGAGCCCCGGAGGGGCCGCACCGCGCUGCAGGACCUGGUCGGCGACCCGCGCUGGCGCACGCGCUCGCUGGAGAACUCCGCCGCGCACCUGGCCGCGGUGGAGCGGCUCUGCGCCGCCGGCGCCAGCGUGGCGGCGGAGGACCCGGGGGGCGCUAGCGCCCUGUCGCUGGCCUCGGAGGGCCGGCUCCCGCGCGUGAGAGAGGCGCUCCUGUGCUACGCCUGA